AUGGCAGGUCCAGAAACUGAUGCCCAAUUCCAUUUCACUGUUAUCAAAAAACAUUUCAACUCUCACACUCUCACAGGGAGAAUGAAUUGCGUACUGGCCACACACAGAAACACUGUUUUGACAGUCUUAUACUUCAAGUUAAGGUCUAAAAAAACUCCGGCUGGGAAAGUAACAUGA